UGUAGUUGCCGGGUAGUGGAGGUCGGCAGUGCAAGCAACAUAUAUAGCGAAACGUAGAAAAGGCGCUUAAAAUAAUGAGACUAGCAUGAAUUAGUGGGCAAAUGUUCCGCUCUCGACUAUUUGUAUUGUAUUUAUGCUGACCUAAAAAAGCGCAAACUGCAAAGAAAGCGUCCGGAAGGCACCGAAGAGUGUCUGUCCGUUUUGUCCUACAAAGGCGCCGGGAGUUUGACAGCGACAGGACGGAGGACGCGAGUGCGCAGGCCCGACAGUUUAACUGCUGGAGUGGGACUACAUGAAACAAUAAAAACGUUCAUAUUCUGUAAAGGAAGCCAAGUUCCGACAUGAGGAAAGACGUGAGGAUUCUGCUCGUAGGAGAACCCAAAGUGGGGAAGACAUCACUUAUUAUGUCUCUGGUCAGUGAAGAGUUUCCUGAUGAGGUUCCCCUCCGAGCUGAAGAGAUCACCAUCCCAGCUGAUGUCACCCCAGAGAGGGUACCCACACACAUAGUGGACUACUCAGAAGCAGAACAAUCAGAUGAACAGUUGUAUCAAGAAAUAUCCAAGGCAAAUGUUAUCUGCAUAGUUUACUCUGUCAACAACAAGAAGUCCAUUGAAAAGGUGACAAGCCACUGGAUUCCUCUUAUAAAUGACAGAAUAGACAAAGAUAGCAGGGUACCACUAAUCCUUGUGGGGAACAAGUCAGACCUGGUGGAACACAGUAGCAUGGAGACCAUCCUGCCAAUCAUGAAUCAAUACCAGGAUAUUGAGACGUGUGUAGAGUGCUCUGCCAAAAACCUGAAGAACAUCUCUGAGCUCUUUUAUUAUGCCCAGAAGGCUGUUCUUCACCCGACAGGACCUCUGUACUGCCCAGAGGAGAAGGAGCUGAAAGCAUCUUGCAUUAAGGCUUUAACCAGAAUCUUUAAAGUGUCCGACCUUGACAAUGAUGGCAUCCUUAAUGACAAUGAGCUCAACUUCUUCCAGAGAACGUGUUUCAAUACGCCUCUGGCACCACAGGCCUUAGAGGAUGUAAAGAACGUGGUCAGGAGAAACAUGACGGAUGGUGUUCAGGAAAAUGGGCUCACACUCAAAGGUUUCCUGUUCCUGCACACCCUCUUCAUUCAACGAGGUCGACACGAGACCACCUGGACUGUGCUGAGGAGGUUUGGUUAUGAUGAUGACCUGGAGCUCACACAGGAAUACCUUUUCCCAUUGAUAAAGAUCCCACCAGACUGUACUACGGAGCUGAACCACAAUGCUUACCUCUUCCUUCAGAGUGUGUUUGAUAAGCACGACAAAGAUAGAGACUGUGCACUGUCACCUGAGGAAGUGAAGGACUUAUUUAAAGUGUUUCCCUACAUGCCAUGGGGUCCAGAUGUCAACAACACAGUUUGCACUAACGACCAGGGAUGGAUCACAUACCAGGGAUACCUCUCUCAGUGGACGUUAACAACAUACUUGGAUGUACAGCGUAGUUUAGAGUAUUUAGGUUACCUGGGCUACUCCAUCAUCUAUGAACAGGAGUCACAAGCAGCUGCUAUUACAGUGACUCGUAACAAGCGAAUUGAUCUUCAGAAGAAACAGACUCAGCGCAGUGUCUUUCGCUGUAAUGUCUUGGGGGCUCGGGGCAGUGGGAAGAGCGGCUUCCUCCAAGCUUUCCUGGGUAGAGAUCUGCAGCGUCAAAGGAAGAUUAGAGAAGACCAUAAGUCUUUCUAUGCCAUCAGCACAUCCUACGUUUAUGGACAGGAGAAGUACCUGCUGCUGCAUGAGGUGAUGCCAGAUUUUGACUUUCUGUCAGGGUCAGACCUAGCCUGUGAUGUGGUCUGCCUCUUGUAUGACAUCAACAACCCACGCUCUUUUGAAUACUGUGCCAAAGUGUACAAGCAAUACUUCAUUGACAGCAAAACACCGUGUGUGGUGAUCGCUGCCAAGUCAGACCUGCAUGAAGUACGGCAGCACUACAGCCUUUCACCGUACGAGUUCUGCCGUAAGCACAAGCUUCACCCUCCUCAGCUGUUUACGUGCAACAUGACUGAGGCACCCAACAAAGACAUCUACACUAGACUCACCACCAUGGCCAUGUACCCCCACAUCCGUCUCCGCUGCAUUUGUGCCUGCAACAGGUGCCCCUAUUGCCUGUGUCAGAACCUCCUCAAGUUGGAGCUGCUGCGCAAUAUUAAGGCCCAACUCCGCAGGGUCGUUUUCAACAGGCACAUGGCUCAGGCUGACCUGAAGAACUCAACCUUCUGGCUGAGGGCGAGCGUCGGUGCGACCGUGUUCGCUGUGCUGGGCUUUGCCAUGUACAGAGCUCUGCUCAAACAGCGGUGAUCACACAGCAUGACGCAGCUACUUCCUCUCCUCGGUUCCUCUGUUGACUCUGCCCCUUCCCUCCUAACCUGAGAGACUCCUACCUAAGACUGACUAAACAACCAACCAGGACCCAAAUUUUAUCCCCUUCCCACAAUGCAACAUGGGCAAGAAACGAAUGGGCAGAAUCAUUUGAACAUUUUAUAUGCAAUUUAAAGUAAGUGUGGUUUAGGUUUUUUUUGUUCACGUCAGGGGGAAAAGGUGUGCAACUAUUUAAGAUAAUUUGUUGAUUACUUGGUUUGUAAAUGCUGACAGUCCAUGAUCUGUUGGUUUAGUCCAAGUCAGACCUUUAGCAGUAAUCCCUGGAUGUUUUCAGCCAAUCUAUUGCUUUCUUUUCCUCAGGUCAGUAUUAUUAGUUAGUUGGUGGGAGAUCGGAGAGAGGCAGCCAUGUACAGAAACACCACAAAGGGACUCUGUUUAUAGAUGUGUAUAUGCAGUAUAACAUAUAUGUAUUCUCGAACAAUUUUAGGAUCAGACCCAUGAAUGGCAUCACAAUCCACAAGCUGCACCUGACACAGAAAUGUUGGGACAAGCGGGGCUACAUUUAACUCUAGAAAGGUCAUGGAUAUCAUAUUUUUUAUUUUGUGUGUUAAUUUAUUAACCCCUUUUUUUGUUUUCUUGACUGUUUUACGUGCACUGCAUGAAACAGACCAAUGGAUUUGCAUUUUCUAUGUAUUUUUGUAUUUAGUAUUAUCAAAGUUGUCCGCAUGGUGUAUCAUUUACGACUCCUCGCUUCUGUUUUGUUUUCAAAUAGAGUUUGUCCCUCAUAUUAUAUUUUUAUGAAUUUAAAGACGCCAUGGAGCAAGGGAUUAUGCUAUUAACAGCCGUUCAGCACACAUCUACCACCUUUUAAACUAUCAAAAGUGUUUCUUGUCAUUUCUCCCUUCAUUUACAAAUAAUUGCGUGUUAUCGAACAAAAUUAUGGCUAAUUUAAGAGCAGAGGAAAAUAAAGAGGUUUUAAAGAUCUGUAAUAAAUGAUAUUUACACCCA